AUGAAAACAUCGACGGAUGAGGUUGAUAAGUGCGUCAUUGAUUAUAUUACUUCAAAAAAAGAUUCUCAGACAAACAAAAAUAAUAGCGAUCUUGAUUUUUUCAAAAGCUUGUUACCUGAUAUAUCUAAAAUGACAGAUUAUCAGAAAAGGCAGUUUAAGAGAAGAACACUUGAUACUAUAGAUUCAAUUUUGGACGAUUCGCCUACACAGAACACUAUUUCAUAUGUUCAACGACCUUCAUCCAGCUACUCCGGAAGUUCAUAUUCAGUAUUGAGUCCUGAGCCACCCGUGGGGACGGUCGGAUUUCAACAGUUGGGAAAUUUGCAUUCAGAAGACUACGAACGAAUUAAUAAUAAUCCGACAACAGUACAAAAUUACCUCCAUACCUUUACUGAAUAG